AUGGGGAACAACCCCUCCACAUCCAAGCAGGGGACCCCCACUCCGUCCGCUUCUGGCCACGCCCAAGGUCACGAUUCCCCCAGGCGCCACCAGCACCAGCACUCGCUGUCGCAGUCACAGGCGUCCAGGGACCGCGACCAUCACCAAAGGGGCGGCAGCACGGCAAGGCCACCCAUCUCCGUCCGCAACCACCGCGAGGCCGUGCCCGCACAAGCCUCGCUAGCACAGGCCCAUGGCUCUACCGACAUCAAAAACUCCCAGGCCCUCCCCAUCACCUCCCUAGCAGCAUCGCCAGCCGGUUCCACAAAGUCCGGUACCAACGCUGGCGCCGCCUCCUCGACGAGGCCCUCAGAAUCCAAGCCAUUGCCCGUCCCAGCCUCAAAGGACAAGCCAGCUCCCGACGCGGAGCCGACCAGACCCGUCGACGUGCCCAACACAACCAGGGAGCCAGAGCCGACCUCACCCGUCUCCCCCCUCGACGCAAGCGAAGCCGGCAUCCACGCUCAGGGCAGCAUUUCCGACAUGUCUUUUAUCGGGAGGCCGCCGCGCAUGCCCCUGCCCAUCGAGGAGGAGGUGCAUACCCCUGGCUCGCCCAUUACCGCGCCAGCAGAUGUCGGGGAACCCGUCGAGUCGCUUGACCUGUCUGGAGGAGACGGUGACAUUGCAAGGAAGUCCUCCAACCUGAGCACCACAACCGUCGACGAGGACGACGCCGAGGAGCUGCGAGUGGACAAGACAAGGCCGACUGUGCCCACGCGGCUGGAAUGGCUUCGGGGAGGUGAAAGGGUCUACGUGACCGGUACCAUUUUUCAAUGGAACCGCAAGCAACGGCUCCAUCCUGUCGAGGGCUGUCCGGGAGUCUUUGCCACCACGAUCAACAUCCUGCCCGGCACGCAUCAUAUCCGCUUUCUGGUGGACAAUAAUAUGCAGACAUCGCCAGACCUGCCAACCACUGUCGAUUUUGGCAACAACCUGGUCAACUACAUCGAGGUCAGCCCCGACGAUGUACCCGCGACUGCACAGGAUGCGGCCCGUACGCCACAAGAGAGGGACGACAAGCAGCUCGCCGAGCUUGAAGAGCAGGAGAAGACCCGUCAGCGGAAGGACAAGCAGGUCCUUCCUGUCGAGGCCUUCUCGCGCGUUUAUCCACAAUACUUGCUCGACUACGACAAUGAGCCCGAGGACUCGCCCAUCUCCCAAGCCGCAGCUGCGGCCAUCGAGAAGCUUCCCACCCCACCAAGCCUGCCCGGCUUCCUCUCGAAACCAAUCCUGAAUGCUGCCACCCUGCUAAAGGACGACAACAGCGUCCUCAACAUGCCGAACCACACCACCUUGAACCACCUGGCCACGAGUAGUAUCAAGAACGGGACCUUGGCGGUGUCGGCGACCACGAGAUACAGAGACAAGUACGUGACCACCAUCAUGUAUAAGCCGGUUCCCGGACACGACUAG